AUCUGUAGAUGAAGACAGAAAAAUAGAGUACAAAGCUGCUGUCAAAAUCCAGAGCUGGUUUCGAGGAUGCAGAGUCCGAGCCUAUCUGAGAUAUCUGAACAAAAUGGUGAUUUUUAUACAGAAGUGGUGGAGAGGUUAUCAAAGCAGAAGAUACUUCAGAAAAAUGGUGAAGACAGCAUAUUUUAUUAUGAAGAUGAAUUUCUACAAUGAAAUGGCUGUCAGGAUUCAGAAAAGGUGGCGAGGCUAUUACGUUCGGAAAUAUAUCCAUAAUUAUUAUGCAUUGAAGAAAUACCUGGAAGCCAUUUCUGUGAAUAACGAGAUUGUCAGGUAA